GCUCCGGAUUCGGCGCCGUAUCCGCGCGCUGGAAGCGCGGGGAGGCGGGGCGCUCGGAGGCUCCCUCGGCCCCUCCCCCUUCUGACAACUCCGGAAAGAUGGCGGUGCUGGGGAGCGUCGGGCUGCGCCUCUGGGGCCCUGCGCCCGCCCUGAGUCGGAGCCUCCGGGCCUUCUCCACCACCCCCGGGGCAGCCGCCGCGGUGAGCGCGGAGCAGCUGGCGGAGAAGCUGAGGGCCCAAAAGCGUGAGGACCAGAAACAGGAGGAGCCUAAAAACCCAGUAUCGAGGCGGGUCCGAGAACUGUCCGAGCUCAGCAAGCAGCUGCAGCGGGUUCACCCCAACGUGCUGGCCAAGGCACUGAAGCACAAGAUCCUAUACCAGAAUGAAGAGCUUGUGGUGAUUGACAAACCCUAUGGCCUCCCUGUGCAUGGUGGCCCUGGGAUCCAGAAUUGCAUCACCGAUGUGCUGCCAAUUUUGGCCAAGAUGCUGGAUGGCAUGAAAGCUGAACCCCUGCACCUGUGUCACCGGCUGGACAAGGAGACGACGGGCGUGAUGGUGCUAGCACGGGACAAGGACACAGCGCAUCGGAUUCAGUGCCUCUUCAAAACGCGACAGGUGGAGAAGAAAUACUGGACGAUCAGCGUGGGGCUCCCAGUCCCCUCGGAGGGGCUGGUGGAUAUUCCCAUUGUGGAGAAGGAAGUGCAGAGCCACCAGUCGCACUAUAAGAUGACGCUGGCACCGAACUACCGCAUAUCUCCCGAGAAUGGGAAGAUGGUGAAAGUGCGCCGGAACCGAGAUGCCCACAGUGCUGUGACCCGGUACCGCGUUCUGGCUAGCUCUCCCUCUUGUUCCCUCCUGGAGCUCCAGCCAAUCACAGGAGUGAAGCACCAGCUCCGAGUCCACCUGGCCUAUGGAUUGGGGUGUCCAAUCCUCGGAGACCACAAAUACGCACAUUGGAGCAAAUUGGCACCCCAGAAGCUUCCUGAGAACACUCUGAUGAGACUGGGGUUGGAACAGGCCAAAGUGCGUCACCUCCCCCUCCACCUGCAUGCCCACCAGCUCACCCUGCCCACAGGGACCAGCGGGGACAAACAGCUGCGCCUGGUCUGCAGGCCGCCCCGUUUCUUCAGAAACACUUUAAAGCGGCUGAAGCUGGAGAUCCCAGAGUCGCUAGAGAAGUGAGAGGAGAGCGGAGCUGCCUGUCUCCGCAGCCACCAUUGCUCCGAUGACGUCUGACUCUGGUCCUAGCCGCUGUGCGGUGCUGUCUACCUCAUGGGAGAGUGGGAUGAUGAGUUCAGGGGUCUCAGCCACUCCAGGAAAACCCCAGCCAUUGGGGGACGCAGUCUGUGCAUUGACCUGCUUGACUGAUCUUGGGCCGUUCAGCUGCUUGAGGGAGGUUCUGACUCAGAUCCAAGGUCUGGUUCUGUGCAGAACCAGGACUGGAUUCAGGGAAGAGCCAGCAGGUUCAUCCCGUUAAGGUUUGGCAGAGGCAGAGCAGGGCCUUGCCUGGAAUCCAAACCCAAACUGUGAACGUCUCUAAACAAUAAAUGAUCUGAUCUCCUUCUAUGUGGUAA